UGUCUCGUUCUGGCUCGGCCUGCCCCCUCUCCGUGGCCGGUUCCCACUCAGGAUGGCCCUGACCUCGUCCCCCAGCUCGCAGCGCUCAGGUCUCCUUCCCCUGCUCCGAGCAACCGCCGGGAGGACUGGCUGUCCCUUCCUCAGAUCAGCCCUCGGGCUGCCCCCAGAAGCCAGACCCACAGUUCACAGGGACGUCUUGCUUUGUCGGGUGACCCAUUUGUGUGCUCCCGUUUGUCCCCUUAGGUCGGGGGUCGCGGCUCGCCCUGCGUCACCCCGGGGCCCCCGCGCCGUGCGCCCCUUCCCCCACUCCAAGUUCUCAGGCCCUGCACCUUGUGCGGAAGGCCAAGGUCCAGGAACCCGGGAGGCAGUUGUUGCUGUCCGGUCCUGUCCCCUUUGAAAUACAAUUCUCUUAGUUUACCUCCCCCCACCCCCGAAUCUUGUAGGACACCUUAGAACGGUCCCUUUUGGUCCCGGUGAGUUGGAAAGCAUCUGGUGGCUUGAAUUUCUGACUCAGGAUUGUUGCCGGAGUCUCUGUAAACAAACCGGCACUGGCGCUAUCACGUUCUCUCCGGGAUUUCCCCCUGCGCUGUGGCUUCUGGCCGAGAGCUUGUUUGCUUACGUUUUAGCGUUGAAAAGAUUCAGGUUUUCCUUUUAAAUGACUUUUACGUUGUAGCGGAGAUGGGAGAUUACCUGCCUGGCUUCUAAUCCUCGCUCCUUCAGUGAAUCUACAGACCUAUUUUCUCAGGAGCUCAGCCUGGCCUUACUUCAGUGAUAAAGAGGAAAGGCUGGCUACAGCAAGCAUCAUUCAAGAUGUCCAGUAAAGGGAGCGGCACAGAUGGCAAAACAGACUUAGCUAAUGGAAGUCUGUCUAGCAGUCCAGAGGAGAUGUCUGGCGCUGAGGAGGGGCGGGAGACAUCCUCAGGCAUUGAAGUAGAGGCCUCAGACCUGAGUUUGAGCUUGACUGGGGAUGAUGGUGGCCCCAAUCGCACCAGCACAGAAAGUCGAGGCACAGACACAGAGAGCUCAGGUGAAGAUAAGGACUCUGACAGCAUGGAGGACACUGGCCAUUACUCCAUCAAUGAAGAGAAUCGAGUCCGUGAUCACUCUGAGGAAGAGGAGGACGACGAAGAAGAUGAAGAUCAGCCUUGGCGCCGUGCACAGCGCAAGCGGGCCAACCGUGACCAGGACUCAUCAGAUGAUGAGCGGGCCCUGGAGGAUUGGGUGUCCUCAGAGACAUCAGCCCUACCCCGACCUCGCUGGCAAGCCCUCCCUGCCCUUCGAGAACGGGAGCUAGGUUCAAGUGCCCGCUUUGUAUAUGAGGCCUGUGGGGCAAGAGUCUUUGUACAGCGUUUCCGGCUACAGCAUGGACUUGAGGGCCAUACUGGUUGUGUCAAUACCCUGCACUUUAACCAGCGCGGCACCUGGCUGGCCAGUGGCAGCGAUGACCUGAAGGUGGUGGUAUGGGACUGGGUGCGGCGGCAGCCAGUAUUGGACUUUGAGAGUGGCCACAAAAGUAAUGUCUUCCAGGCCAAGUUUCUUCCAAACAGUGGUGAUUCCACCCUGGCCAUGUGUGCCCGGGAUGGGCAGGUUCGGGUAGCAGAGCUGUCUGCCACACAGUGCUGCAAGAACACAAAGCGUGUGGCCCAGCACAAGGGCGCCUCUCACAAGCUGGCUCUGGAACCAGACUCUCCGUGUACGUUCCUAUCUGCAGGUGAAGACGCAGUUGUCUUUACCAUUGACCUGAGACAAGACCGGCCAGCUUCGAAACUGGUGGUGACAAAAGAGAAAGAGAAGAAGGUUGGACUGUAUACGAUCUAUGUGAACCCUGCCAAUACCCACCAGUUUGCAGUGGGUGGAAGAGAUCAGUUUGUAAGAAUUUAUGACCAGAGAAAAAUUGAUGAGAAUGAGAACAAUGGAGUACUCAAGAAAUUCUGUCCUCAUCACCUGGUGAACAGUGAGUCCAAAGCAAACAUCACCUGUCUUGUGUACAGCCACGACGGCACAGAGCUCCUGGCCAGUUACAAUGAUGAAGACAUUUACCUUUUCAACUCCUCUCACAGUGAUGGGGCUCAGUAUGUUAAGAGAUAUAAGGGCCACAGAAAUAAUGCCACAGUAAAAGGCGUCAAUUUCUAUGGCCCCAAGAGUGAGUUUGUGGUGAGCGGUAGUGACUGCGGGCACAUCUUCCUCUGGGAGAAAUCAUCCUGCCAGAUUGUUCAGUUCAUGGAGGGGGACAAGGGAGGCGUGGUAAACUGUCUUGAGCCCCACCCUCACCUGCCAGUGCUGGCAACAAGUGGCCUAGACCAUGACGUGAAGAUCUGGGCACCCACGGCUGAAGCUUCCACUGAGCUGACAGGGUUAAAGGAAGUAAUUAAGAAGAACAAGCGGGAGCGGGAUGAGGACAGUUUGCAUCAGACUGACUUGUUUGACAGCCACAUGCUCUGGUUCCUCAUGCACCACCUGAGACAGAGACGCCAUCACCGGCGCUGGCGAGAACCUGGGGUUGGGGCCACAGAUGCGGACUCUGACGAGUCUCCCAGUUCCUCAGACACAUCGGACGAGGAGGAGGGCCCUGACCGGGUGCAGUGCAUGCCAUCCUGAGGCCUCGGACCUAGAGGGGCGGGUUGGGGCUGCCAUCCCGAUCCUGCCUGGGCAGCCUUUCCUGUCCAAGGCCCUUACAUCAGCAGAAACGCACUUUGGACUUUUUGCUUUAGAUAAAAGAGAGACAUCCCAGGAGGACAACCAGCAGAGAGAACCUAGGAGUAGCAGCUGAGCCCUGCAGUGGGUUCCAUGGACAGGCGUACAGGACUCAGCAAGAGUGGCGUCUCCCUGAAGCCUUUUUGGGGGGAGGGGGACCCUAUUUUGUUAACUGGUUUGGGGGUAGGAAAUGGGGUUUCUUUUUCUUUGAUUUCCCUUGUUUCUUGAGCUGGGGGGGUGGGGGGAACAACUGGCUAUCAGAACCAAGGGUCCAGAGUGGGGGUAGGAGUGCUACUCUCUCUUUGGUUUAGGUUUUUGACCUUCUUUUCCUUUGUUUAAAAAGCCUAUGACAGUUUCAUUGCCUUCCACCCCCAGCAACCCCAUUCUAGGAUCCUAUUUUUCUGGGAAGUCCUUUGAGCCCCUGACCAUACCACACUCCACUUCCUUUCCACCUCAUUCAUUCUCUGUACCUAUCACAGUUUUUGCACUUGAUUAUGUAUCUUUACUCUCUUCUCUUCAUCCCAUCACCCCCAAGUAGGUCUGGUGAGGGAGGCUGGGAAGAGGCAGGAGGAGGGAGGGGCAGAGGUGAAGGAAGCAUUGGAAGGAUGUUACCUCUUCUGUUAUUUUUUUUAAAAAAAAGUUGUUUGGUGGCAGCAAUCUCCCUGUCCCUAUCACUGUUAGAGGCCUAAUUUUAUAUCUAUAAAUAUAUUAAAAAGCAAGUCAAACUUG